GAUCCUGGUACCCAUAAUUGUGUUCAGGCUGCUGCUCUAUAGUCUCUUUAGACAACAGAAGCAAGUGACGAAAGCUGGAUGUAGUUUAAUACUGUCACGUGCUGAAAAGUAUAUUCCACAUAUUGUUCUUACUGAGCAAAGAUAAUUCGUUUACCUACAUCUGGAGCAGCAAAAGACGGGAUGGAGAGCUGACUGCACAAUGCCAGCAACCUGGCGACAGAAGAACCGCAUGCUCUGCUUAUAAAGGGGUGUGCCAAGAGAAGGCUGAACACUAUUCCUGCCAAAUCAUGCAGCACGCGUCCCACAGCGCCAUCUGCCCGAUGCAAAACAGGGUUAUCACUGCGAUCGACAGAACGACUUAAUUGACAACACAGAUUUCCCUAUAUAAGAUGAAGUGAUCACUUGAUCUCUGCACAAGUGUCUAUUGUAUAUUUAAAUAAAGGGACCCACACAGAUAAAGAAGAUUGUGCAAAACUUGCAGAGGUGGUGUAAAUUGAAAGAUUAUGACUGAAGAGACCUGCUGCAGAUGUGCAUGUGCAUAAGCAAUGGAAACUAAAGAGGAAUCAGAGAUCAGUUCCUGGCAGUGAUGAGUUUGACAACAGCCAUGGAACGAAGGUCAAAAGAGUUGUCAGAUGAUGCCCAGUGGCGUUUGUCUCCACAUGAUUUAGAAAGUCCAGGAGCUGUCAGUGAGGGCGGGGUGUCACUGGGUAUGGAGAGCUCAGUCAGUGGCUACUCCAUGGCCAGCAAAAAAGCCCUGCUAAAGCCACGAGACAAAGAGAAAACAGUUUACAUUGAACAACAGCUACUUGAUGUGGAAGAGCAGGAUUGCCGACUAGGCCAGUGGAGUCUGUCCUGUCUGCGCCCUUGCCUCAAUGUCAAGGUCUUUGUCGUCUUUAUGUGCCUCUUACUGAUUGUGGCCACAGCUGUCUCUACAGGCUACCUCAACAGCGUCAUCACUACCAUAGAGAAGCGCUUUGAAAUUGGCAGCUCUGUCUCGGGGAUGAUUGCUGCCUCCUAUGAGUUGGGUUCCCUUGUAUCGGUGAUCUUUGUCAGCUAUCUUGGCAGCAAUCGUCACAUUCCCAAAUGGAUUGGAAUUGGUGUCUUGCUUAUGGGUAUUGGGUCUCUCCUGUUUGCUCUGCCACAUGUGAUAGCACCCAAGUAUACCAUGCAGAGUGGUAUGUCAGAUAAUAUGACUGAUGAGAAUAUUUGCAAAGGAUCAAACAAACAAGCAAUGUUCAGUAAUAUAGAGAAAUGCAUAGAUGAGAAUUCAGGCAACUGGAUCUAUGUGCUGCUGUUGAUUGUGGCCCAGAUUCUGAUUGGGACUGGUGGAACACCCAUCCUGACGCUUGGCAUCACCUAUGUUGACAACCACGUGGCCAAAGAGAAAUCCCCAGCCUAUUUAGCUUUCAUUCAUGCGUCUGGAGCCCUGGGACCAGUUCUGGGAUAUGCGCUAGGAGCUCUUUUAUUGCAGUACUAUGUGGACAGCUUCACAUACAUUGUCUCCAUUAGUCCAGGUCAUCCACAGUGGAUUGGAGCUUGGUGGGGUGGAUUCAUUAUUUGUGGUCUGUUGUUAUUGCUGCUGGCUUUCCCAUUUCUGUGCUUUCCUCGAGUGCUUCUUCAGGAGAAACGCCAGCUUCUGGAAACUAAAUCUAAAAUGCAGCUCCUUUCAGAUGAAAGUGAACAGGUUGAUGUUAACUAUGGCAAGACAAUCAAAGAGAUCCCUCAUUCCAUUUUGAAACUACUGAGAAACCCAGUGUAUGCACUGCUGCUGCCAGCAAUCUGCUGUGAGAUUGCCAUUGUCUCAGGCUUUGUUGUUUUCCUGCCUAAGUACAUAGAAACUCAGUUUGGUACCUCAACAUCUGUGGCCAAUCUUUUCACGGGAGGCAUUGGCAUUCCAGGGGCAGUCAUUGGUAUACUGAUGGGUGGUUAUCUUCUCAAACGUUUCCAGCUUAAGCCUAAAGGAGCUAUACAGUUUGUUCUUGGCCUAAACUGCCUGGCUGUAUGCGGCUUUGUGAUCUUUUUCUUUCUGGGCUGUGACAACCAGCGUAUUGCUGGUGCAACGCUGCCCUAUUUCAACAGCUCUGGUCAUAAAAUAUUUGAGGCCAACUUAACAUCACGUUGCAACCAGUAUUGCGACUGUUCUCCAAACCAUCUGGAGCCCAUCUGUGGCAUGAAUGGCAUUACCUAUUUUUCUCCCUGUCAUGCUGGCUGCACUGGUGCUAGUGACCUGACCCAGCCUGGCAAGGAACGUUUCCUUAAUUACACUGGCUGCUCCUGCAUCAUGGAUCAGGGGAUGUCUGGGGAACACGAGGUAAUCAUUGCGCCACUGGCUAUCAGUGGACCUUGUCAAAGCCAGUGUGAGCGGCUGCUACCUUUUCUCAUCCUGCUGGUGGUCAUGACCUUCUGUGUGGCUGGCACUCAGAUGCCACUACUCAUGGUGACCUUGAGGUCAGUGAGCAAAGAGGAGAAAGCAUUUGCACUGGGCCUUCAGUAUGUUGUAAUGCGCCUGUUUGCCUAUGUUCCAGCUCCAAUUUACUUUGGCAAUGCUAUUGAUUCAUCUUGUCUGCUGUGGAGUUCUCGGUGUGAUGCUCAUGGCUCCUGUCUUGUUUAUGACAUUGUACAAUUUCGAUAUAAGUAUGUAGGUGUUGGAGCAGGACUCAAGAUGGUUAGCAUUGCCUUUUUCUUUAUCGUCUGGUUGUUUGUACGCAAGAAGACUGCCCAGAAUUCAUCAUCCUUUUCACAACCAAUUGGACCUAGUGUUGGCCAGAUUCUGGGUUCAUUGACUUCUCUUGACAAGGGAGGCUACAGUCCCUCUUUACAACGCAGACCCUCCACGCUGCGUCUUCACCGUCCACCCGAGGCAGAGAAGGGAGAAGCUAGUGAUGAUUACAUUCAGGAGGUGAUGGGGCCACCUGCAGUUGACCCUAGCACACAACAGCAGCACCAACCACAUGAAACCAUCUUAUGAUGAUUUCUGCGGGCACACGCACAUGCAGGCAUGAACACACACACACACAAAAAUGCACUUGUUGCUGUCAGCUUUGGGCUGCAUUUCUAGAGAGAAUGGUCAUUUGACAAGUGAUACUCUGCAGUGUACCUUGCAGUCUUGCCUCUUCCAUACUUCACACCAGUAAUCUGUGAUCAUAGCUGAUAACUAAUGCUGUAUCAGUAUGGUCUUUGGUCACUUGAACUAAUAUAAAUAGCUUGCUCAAUACAGCGUAAUAAUUAUAUAGUAACAGCUUCUUUAUUAAAAAUGCCAGGCAUAUAAGUCUAAAUCAAUAAACUGUGAGAAUAUCAAACUGAGCUAAUCAAAUGAUGUCUGACCUCUUCAGUGUGUGCAUGUGUGAUGUGAUAUGGACCAUUAAGAGCAAAGUAUUUUUAUGGCCAUGGUAAGUGGCUCAUGCCAGUGUAAUAUUUGAGAUGAUGUACUUCUUGACGCAUGUACUGGUAUAUGCAACAGAAGGAUUCUGUGAUUCAUGAUUGUUAACACUUGUUUUCAGUUUUAAUGACUGUCAAUAUUUCUAAAUGUGAUAAUGAAAUGGUUAGGAUACAAGAUAGUUGGGCAUUGCCAAACAACAGGAAUGUGGUGAGAAUGUUAGUGCCAACAGGCAGGCCCUGUCUUUGCCAGAAUGAACAAGGAGGAAUAGAAAAGCAUUGUGUAUGGGUGGAUGCUGCUUGUGCAUGUAUGUGAAAUCUGGGCACAUGUACACGUACCUCUUUGUAUGUAUUUUUGUGCACACAGGUGUUCAUGUAGAGUGCAGUGAGAAAUGUGCACAGUAGUUAUUAUUCCAAAUGGUAAUUUCUUGCAGGAUUUGUCUUUUUUUUAUAUUAUUAUUAAUGUGGCAAAUCAUGAGACUGAAAUAUCUGUUGAGAUAUGGCAGAUGAAAUUCAGAUAUUUGAUGAGAUGUGCCUGCAGAAGCUUUACUUUUGCUGUACUCUUAUUGCCUAUUAGAUUACCAUGUAUGUGACCAGGAGCACAAAACUACAUAAUCUUUUGUUCACUUCUGGUAUGUAUUUAAGCCUGCAUUUCUUUUUUUUGUGCAUACAAAAUGUUUAGUUUGUUCUUCUGUUACAUUUAAUUUUAAUUAGAAACAUUUAAAAAUAAAGCAUAUCUAAAACAUUUUAAGAGUUCCUACGCAAUGUGCAGUCUCAUCAAAGUAUCAUAAACUGGGAUGUGUUCCUACACCAUAUAUGUUCCUCAGAUUUGGUUACAUAUCCAUAGCAGGAAUGCACAUUCAGACCUAUACACCUUCAUUUUGGUAUGUUAUUUUUUAUACUCUGAAAAAUGACAUUGUUUCUCCUAACAUGUUGCAUGAUGAAUAAGGAGUCCCUCGGUGUAAUUGUUUGGUUCGGUGCUAAAGAUCAGGAGUAUCCUAGUCUGUCAAUGCAUAAGGUGCUAAGCAAAGACUGACAAAUUUUCUUACUGUCAGCAGGAGGAUAAUGCUAAAUAUACAUUGUGAGGCCUGUUGUGACACUACCAACUUGAUGCUAAAUGAACAGUCAAGUGUGUUGUGACACCACCAGCUGUCCAAGUUUAAUUGUAAACAAUUUGAUGUAUGCUUUUAAAGUGUGUUCUGUCACCAUCAGUUUUAUGCUAAAUGAAUGCUGUUGGUGACGUUGAUGCUAAGUGCAUAGAGUUUCAAAUCUUUUGUAUCCACAGUCAUUGAUCAGAGUGGUUUAACUAGAUGACUGUAGUCUACUGCAAAGUCUCCCAGUAAAAAGAUGAGCUUUGCCAAGAAGAGACCAUACAGCUGAAAUCUCCCUGGGAAUUGAUGAUCUACUAUAUGGACAAGGAAGGUUAAGCAAGGUAUGUUGUCAAAAGAUAGUGCAUUUUUUGUAUGACGUAACAAUGGUUUACUGUUACUACUACUAGCUGUCUGGGGAAAACUGGAUGGAAAUGUGCUUGUGGGGCUGGCACCUUUAAGGAUCAAGCCUGCACUUGAGCACCUAGUGAAGGGACCAGUGUGAGUGUUGUAUGUUUGCUAAGUGUUACACCACGUGUUGACAUAUCUGAGCACAGCUUUAAAGGAUAGCACUUGUUGUGCAGACUUUAAUCCAAGAGCUUGUUUAAAACGCUAUGCUCUGCAGAGCAUAUUGGAACUAGUUUGUGCUCUAGACAUACAAGUAGUGUAAGGAUCUUAUAUUUUUAAGGAUGCUGCUACCUUGUACUCAAGACGCACAAGUCUGAUGUGGAAAUGAAGCACAUUUGAAAAUUUGAUCAUUGUCUUUUUCUGAAAUACUGAUGUUGGAACACAAGCAUGGCCAUUGGGGUAGUCAGCAUUACAGAAUAUUUUGUGCUUUGAAAUCUGAGCCUUCUGUGCAUCUUGUGUUUAUCUUUCAUUCUAGUCCUCAAGGAUUUUAGCAGCAAAUUGUGCUGUUAGUAGUCUAGUCUAAAAAUUGCUUUCAUCUUAAAACUGUACUACAGUCGCCUUAAUGUUUUGAGCCUUCACACCAGAUCUUCACCACUCAUGGUAAAAAGUUGGUGUCAAUAUGCAAACAUUUUUUGAUUGGAAAUGCAGCUGUCCCAAAUAAUACUUUUAAUUCAUCAAAUUUGAAGGGGAAUAGAAGAAAGGGGGAAACCCAGGAGUUUGUGAAAAUGAAAUAUACAUAUUUGUGUGCAAAAACUAUCCAUGUAAUGUUCAUAUCUUGUCCUUUAUGGUACACAAUCUGCCCACAAAAAUAAUUGUGUUCUCUGAUAAUUACCCACAAUAUUUUUGUCCUGCUGAUCACAUUAGCUUAGAACUUCAUAUCAUAAAGGCAGCGGCCAUGAUUACAGAGGCUAGUGACUACGUUGUGCAAAUCUUCAGAAAUAAUAUCAAUAAUCCUUAUAAUAGUGCAAUUAAUAUAGCACAGUCACACUUGUAUGGGUGUAUGUGCUCAGGCAGUAACUAGCUUAAUCUUUAGUACUUGGAGGAACAAAAAGAUGGGCAACAAUGAGGAUGAAGUACAGAGAACAGCAAAGACACACAGGUAGCAGUAUCACUGAUAGGUCAAGCUUGUGCAUUUUGUGUAGGUCCUAUGGAUUUUUCCUCUUUUUUGGUGUUUUCUGAAAAUUUGUUAUUUCUAGUCACUUAAAAAAGAGAAUUUGCUUAUAAUGACUGAAGCCAAAUCUUUCCAGUGUGAAAAUAAAAUUUUUAAAAAGUGUUAUCAGUAGAAUUGAAAGUUUGGGGUUUUCUGUGUAUCAGCUGCCAUUUAUGAGAUUCUACAAUAUUUUAGUUGUUUCAUGUCUGAAUAUCCAGAUUUUGUAUUUUUAAGAAAAUGUUUGCAUAAAGUUUUAUAUUGCAGAGAAGAUGAAUAUAGUAGACUUCAUUAUACUGGAGAAGUUGAUGCUUUAAGAUUAUGUGAACCAGUUUUACACCAUCAUUUCUUUUUAAAGUAUAUAUUAAAAGUGUAUAAUGUCAUGUUCUAUUACACAGAAAAUAGAAAAUUGGCACCUGAAAUGUCAGGUAAAAGUAUAUUUGUAAUGUCCAAGUGAUGUGAACAUGCCCUUCCACAGAACAUUAGAAAGUAAACAUCCCUGCAACAUGUCACAAUAUGCUAAAAUGUUUUGUGCAAUUCGCUUAAUUUUACUGUUUUCUAUGGAUUCUUUGUUUCCUAUAGUUUUUAACAAAUUUUAGGACUCUGGCACCAAAAUACUUGAUGGGUUUUUUCUCACACACUGUGUUCAGAAUGUUUCAAGUAGCCACACUUAUGCAAUGUAUAAAGAUAAAUCUUAGUCGCCUUAUUGCAAAAAAAGCUUUGUUUCAAACCAUUUAAUGUCUUGUUUUGGACUGCUUAGGGUAAGCAGUCUACAAUCUGUGCUUAUCAGGAACUCACAUUCUUAUGUCGACACUACGUGCAGAUUUUGCUUUCUUGUAUGUGCAUAGUACUUGAGAUUGCUGUGCUGUCAGCCAAUCUAUGUAUCUGCACACAUAGGAUAUACUCUCUCCCAGUAUCUGCUUACCUCACAUACACUACUUCAGGUGAAUAUACUCUCACCCAGUCUUUGUUUAGUUCACACACACACACAUUGCUUCAAGUAAAUAUACUCUCUCCUAGUCUCUGCUUUCCUCUUAUGCAACUAUACUUCUCAUAGUUCAUCACUGUUAAGUAGUCAACAAAUGUCAUUAUUUCAUCAGUACUACUUGCUACUUGUACAGUACUACUUGCUGCAAGCUGUGUAGUCUGAUGUUUGCCACUUCAUUGUAUUCUAGCGCUUUCCUUCCAGUUGCACAUAUAUUCUUAUUAUUUUUUGCACCAAUGUGCAUUUGCUAGCUGCAAAGAUAUCUUAAUCUUGUUCUGGGAUUUGAUGACAGUUUUUGUGUUGAUGCCUGGCCAUUGUAUCUUAUGACCUGAACAUUAUUUGAUGACUGCUAGCAUUUGCCACAUCUGUUGAUAAUACUGUAUAUUGUUGAGCUGUCAUGUUCACUAGCCUUUUUGCCCAACUAAUCAAUAUUUCAUGCUUGACUGCCAAAAUACUUGGCAAGCAUUAUAAUUCCAUAAACAGCCUUAAACUGAAUACAAAAAUCCACAUAAAUUUGUCUGAAUUUUGCAGUUGACUCCCUAGACAUAUCAAAACAAUAAGCUUUUACAGCAGAAAAUUCAAUAGUGCAUAUAUUAGAGCAAGAAUGUUUGCAUUUCCAAUUACUGGCUACUUAUUACUGUAGGGAGACUAGCACACCAAGCUUUCUUCUCGCUAGUGGUUGACAGUAUAUGCUAAAAGUAAAUUUGACUCGACAAAAUGCAAUGCUUGUAGACUGAAGUGGAGAGACUGCACUUCUUUUUUUUUUUUUUUUUGGAUUAAAAAAAAAAAUUGCAUAUUGUUUCAGUGUUUCAGCAAAUUACUUGCCACAUAUUGUCAUAAAUAUUGUGUGACUUGUUAUAUACACAUCCUUUGUAAUUAGUAUGAUUCUGUAUGUCACAUUAAAGCAAUACUCAGAAAUAUUUAGUACAUGUACCUGUGUUUUUAUACAAGUCAGGGCGGCAUAGUUCUGACAGCUCCUUUGUAAUAAAGCACUUGAGUUGUAUCCAGACACACACAUAUUGUCUGUAAACAUUUAUGAGCAUGCACAGUAGUUUACCCCAAGAUGAACUUGUUCACACUAUUUUGCUUAGAAUGAUUAAGAAUAUAUCUUAUUAACAAUCUUUAUAAAAACAUUGAAGAAAUAAUUGUCUUUCAUAGAUACGUCCACAUUUAGCUGUUUUUCUUUUAUUGAAUACUCAAGCAAACAACACUAGUAAAGUGAAGGUGCUGCAGUUCAGAUGGUCUGGUAGUGCUCUCAUGGUACUGCGAUAAGUGAGAGUACAGCUGUGGUCACCUCUUAGUCCUAGUGUGGAGAACCACUCGCCUUUGUUCAUUGCUUGAACGUGAAUCACUGUUGUAUGAAGUGUUUGACUUUAUUGGGGUUUUUAUCCUUGAAACUGAAUUCCGCCAUAAAUCUCAAGGUAGAUUUUUGUCACCUAGCAGUUCAGGUUGAACAGAGGUACUUAUAAUAGAGAGCACUGUAGAUAAAAUGACCCAGGUCUUUUUUUCUCAUAUGCUUAGAGUUAGUGUUUCAGCAUACAAUUUAUCUUUGACAUUGGUAGCUCAGGAGUAGCAUGAUUAUGCAUACUACAUAGCACAGCUGCUGCAUCAGCACAGAAAAUGGAAAUGACACCUUUCUUCCUUGCUCCAGCAGCAGCAGCACUUGGGAGGUUGAUGUAUCUUGGCUGCAAGAUAUAUGUACUAGAAUCUGGUGGCAUGUUUCUACAAAUGUGGUAGUAUUUGUAGCAAGUAUCCUGUCACAGCGUGUCAGUGUCGAUCUGAACAUCUGUCUCCUGCUGCCUUCAGCCAUGGGUAUAGAAAUAUCACUGACCAUUGUUAAUCACACUGAUGCUGCAUCAAACCAUGCAGUUAGCAAAUAGCUCUUCACGUUAAAGGAUAUAUUAUAGAGCUUAGUGAACAUCAUGCAUUUUGUAACAAUAGUAAGCUACACCUGUUUCAGUGAUAUAGUUUUGUAAAUGACAUGUAUAAUACUCGUGUGUUCUGUGUAUCUUGUUGCUCUCAGAAUGCUGCACUUGCAGUGUGGCAGUAGUAGUCAAUGAAUUUUUCCCCUAAGCAUUUGCACUUAAAGAGAGAAACCAAGUUGAGACAAGGACAUGCAAUUUAUAACAUGUAGUUUUGCAUGUUGAAAAACUGAAGUUGUGAAUUUCAAGCUACAUGCCUUAUCAGAAGCAUGUACUGUGUUGCAGGCUACAAGGUUAACAUCAGUUGGUAUUAGGUGUUUGUACUGUUAAAUGUGUUUCAGUAAGGUGACCAGACGUCCCGCUUUUGACCUCUUGUCCCGCCUGCUCAUCGGGCGGGAUGCCCAAUGUCCCGCUUUCUGGCAAGUCCAUCAAAUGUCCCGGUUGUCUUUAAAAAAAAAAACUUUUUUCGGCGUUCUUUGACGGUGACGACACCAUCAUCGGCACGUGUCCCACUUUCGCCCCCGAAACGUCUGGUCACCUUAGUUUCAGUUUAGCAUGAUGGUGUUCAUAUAUAAAGUACCUAUUUUUGGUAUGCUGGAAUUUAGCAUGCUGGAAAAAUUUACAGAGCCGAUAUAUGGAUAUUCCAACUGUAAUGCCAAGAUGGACCACAAAAUUUCAUCAAUGUUAUCAGAUGAUCUGUAAAUGUUAUGUUUAUGUAGGUAUGUCACUUGUGCGAUUGUAAUUAAACAGUUGGAAACGAACA